AUGGCCGAUCCACCCGCCGCCAACGACGGCAUCGUCGGCCGCGUCCGGGGCGCUUCGCUUUCCAUCAUGAAUGCCAAUCCUCAGCUCGGAAUGUGGCAGGCUGCUGGAACUGCCAUCGCUCAGGCGCCGAACCUCACUGAACUGCGCGACGAAGACUCAGGCGGCGAUAACAUCGCUUUCAAUUCCCAGGGCCACUCAGCCCGUUUCGCGAGACAGGAGCGCGACGGCGAGCUUGCCCUUGUGAGGUCAUCAACAAGGACCGGGUCUAUCGCCACCGAGGGACAGCCUGCAUUCAAAAGUGUUUUCAAGGAUGGUGAUAAGCCAGAUGAGAGACAUGAGGGAGAGGCCGACGAGGCGAGGGUUCUCAUGGGGGAUAACCAAGCUGACGGCAGCCCUGACCCAAGGCAGCAAUUUCAAAGGCGCCAAAGUCUGUAUGAGAAGCACAUGGCCAAGGAGAAGGCCCCAUGGCAAACGACCGUCGUCAAUGGCUUGAAGGCGUUUUGGAAGUUUUUCUUGACACCAUCGGGAUUCAUCAUCACAAUCUACUGCCUGAAUAUCGUGGCUAUGCUCUUCUUCCUCCUCAUCAACGCCGCACCCGCAAUGAACUACCCUUCCGCCGACGACAAUAACUCACCCCGCAAAAAAUGGCUGGAGAUCGACAGUCAGAUCCUCAACGCCCUCUUCUGCGUUACGGGCUUUGGUCUUGCGCCAUGGCGUUUUCGAGACUUGUAUUGGUUCAUCCGUGCGACAAAUUUCAAGGAUCGCGAAGCCAUGCGAAGGCUAGCGGCGCAAAAUAAAGGCUGGUUUCGACCACCAGCGUGGACUUUCGAGGACGAGAAGGGCCGCACGCCGACUUUUACGAACCAGACGGCGCCACCGACGGCACUUUGGAAGCUUGGGUUCACGAUCUGGAUGAUGGUGCUCAACACGCUGCUGCAAGCUGUGUUAUGCUACUUCAUGUGGGGUUACAACCGCAUCGACCGUCCCUCAUGGGCCACUGGCACCUUUAUCGGACUUGGCUGCGGUGUCGCUAUGAUGGCAGGCGUCAUGUCGUGGUGGGAAGGCCGGAAGGUGAAGAAGAUCGAAGGCCCGCAGGUCGAGGUUGUCCAGGAAGUAUAG